GGUGACGUUUCUGACGUCGGGAGGGGCCACGUCCGUGCCGGUCAUGUGACUCCCUCGCUGAUCCAUGUUGUGUUUUUUUUAGUUUUUAGUUUUUAGUUUAGUCCUGCCGCUGCUCCUCAUCUGGAACAUCGGGGCUCGCUCAGACUCUCAGCCGCUAUGGAUUUUAACGUGAAGAAACUGGCCACCGAGGCGGGACUCUUCCUCACCCGCGCCGUUCAGUUCACUGAGGAGAAGCUGUGGCAGUCGGAGAAGACCAACCUGGACCCAGACUUUGAGAACCUAAUGGUCCGGGCAGACAGCACCAAACACUGGACAGAGAAGAUCCUCAGGCAGACCGAGAUCCUGCUGCAGCCUAACCCAAUUGAUCACACAGGCGCCAGAAUCGAGGAGUUUCUCUAUGAGAAGCUGGACAUGAAGGCCCCGUCCAGGGUCACCAACACGGAGCUGCUGGGUCAGCACAUGGAGGACGCGGCAAAGGAGUUUGGAUUUGAAAGUCCAUACGGCAGCACUUUGGUGAAGGUGGGAGAAUAUGAGAGGAGGUUGGGAGUGGUGGAGAAGGACUUCAUCCAGACAGCAGACAUCAGUUUUCUGAGCCCCCUGAGGAACUUCCUGGAAGGAGACUGGCGCAUCAUUUCUAAAGAGCGCCGCCUGCUGGAGAACCUGCGCCUGGACCUGGAUGCCUGCAAAACCCGAGUGAAGAAGGCGAAGGCGGCCGAGGCCAAGGCUGCGAGCGAGGCAGAAGUGGUUCCAGAUUUUCAGGAGACCAGACCUCGGAACUACGUGCUCUCUGCAAGCGCCUCUGCGCUGUGGACCGAAGAGGUAGAAAAAGCCGAGCAGGAGCUGCGGACGGCCCAGAAAGAGUUUGAUCGUCAAGCUGAAGUCACUCGUUUGCUGCUGGAGGGCAUCAGCAGUACUCAUGUGAAUCAUCUGCGGUGCCUGCAUGAGUUCGUGGAGGCUCAGGCAGCCUAUUACAAACAAUGCCAUCUCCACAUGCAAGAACUGCAGGAGGAGCUGAGAAGGGUUCCCGGCGGUUUUGGACGGAAUUCCAAUCAGAAUGAGCCCCCGCCCUCCUCGGAGCCAGAAAGUGCCAGCAGCCCAGUGGAGACCCUGACGAUUGAAGAAGUUCAGGCUCCAGCCUCAGGAACACGAAAGGCUAAAGUCCUGUACGACUACGAUGCAGCAGACUGCAGCGAGCUGUCGCUGCUUGCAGAUGAGAUCAUCACAGUUUACACAAUGCCGGGGAUGGACUCUGAUUGGCUGGUUGGGGAGAGAGGAAACCAGAGAGGGAAGGUGCCGGUCACCUACCUGGAGCUGCUCAGUUAGUCUGUGCUGGUGUGCGCCUGCAUGAGAGGAAGCACGCACGGCCCGGACCACAUGCCACAAAACUUUCAUGAACUUCUGCAACACGGUGUGACUCUCCAGUGCACAUGACCGUGCACAUGAGAGUGCACGUUCCAGUUUGUGAAAGUUCUAUAUUUGUUGUUGUGUACGCUGAUGACUGAGGCGCCGUUUCCUCCUGAGCUGCAGCUGCUGAUGCGUCGGUUUCUGUACUUUGGGACUACCUCAAGCAGAAGGGUGUAUUUGUGAUGUGCGUCAGCGGCAGGGACAUCUCUGUGAAAGCAGACCACAAUUUUGGGAGCAGCGCUAAAAUUCACAACAUCAGGAGGAAGUGAAAUCUGCCCAAUGUCACUUCCUGUUGGAUUGCUUUGAUUGCCUCUUGGUUUAUUGCAGACUGUGUUUUUCCGUUUCCUGUCUGUUAAUAACCACAUUCAGAAACGGAGGGAGGAUUUAUUGCAAAGGCCCUCUUUCAGAUGAAGGCAGAUAUAAGCAGCUGUGGCGCAUGGUGGAGCGGUCAACCUCUGAUUGCAGGUUUUGGUUCCCACUCCGUCCACUUAUGAGCACUGAAGUCCUGCUGAGCUGAAUCCUUUAAAAAACACGAAGACUGCUUCAAACCGAAGAUCUGGAAAGCUUACCUCUCACUAGUGUGGGGCCUUUUGUUUGUGCAAACCUGUAGGCCUGCACGUCAACGUGCACUCGAGGGUCCAACAUUCCUGUCGCUGCUGCUGCAUGUAACAGGCUGAUGCUCAUCCGCUGCAUCCAGCAGGGUUUUUCAGACCCAGCAUGCUCUCACACCUAUGUGCACGUACGUGCACACGCUCCUGACUCUAUUUCAGAAGCGAUAAAGUCGAUUCUCGGCUCGUGCACGGCUCCUUCAGCUUUUUUUACUUUGUAAUUGCAACUUCCUGUUUCCUUUAGUUGGACUUAUGUGUGGUAUUUAAUAAAACUAAUUUAUUGCAUUUU